CGAAACAUUACAGCGGGAGAUAAACGCCCAUCACUGGUGGCUUGACGUUUCGAAGAUACGACGUCGUUUGCGGGUACAGUCAACCUCCGAGGCCACCAGUCGUGGUGCAAGCCCGAGGCCGGACACUGGCACCACAACCCGCCAUGUGCGCCGUGGCGAUCAGUGGCGACCAGACCCCAGCUGAGGCAACAGUUCGUCCAUCGCUCGCGCCUAUACUGCCUGUCCUGUGCUGUCACUGCUCAAGAUGAUUUGCUCUCCGACGAUGGCGAUCAGGCUCUUGCUGGCUCUUGGAUUCUGUUGCGCAGUUAACAGCUUUUGUGAUUAUUGGUCGGUUCAGUGUGCCACAACAAGGCAAUGUAUCUCACGCGAUGAGAUCUGUGAUGGUGCAAGAGACUGCGACGACAACUCCGACGAAGAAGUUUGUUCUGGAAAGCAGCUAAGAGUAUAUCCUACUACCACAACGACCACUACUACCACAACCACUACAACUACGAGUGAGUGAAAUAAUGAGUUAGAUAUAUGACUAUAGAUAUGUAAUAAACAAAAACGAAAGCCAUACAUGAACAUGCACUGAAAUUUGCUUUUAUAAUUCGCACAUAUACGCAAUAUGAAUAUCACCAUCCCUCCUAAUAAAUACAAUAUUGCUAAUUAUUAUCAUCACAUUACAAUCUUUACUUUACCAGCAUGAAAACUUUUCAAGUCCGAGCUACCAUACUUAAUCCAUAAUGAAAUGGAGAUGUUCUAUUAAUAUUUUUUGAAUAAGGUACUGCAAACACAUCAAUCCCUCUAGUGACCUUAUCUUGAGUUACAAUAUCCUUUGCAGCAUGAACAUAAUUUGUAGAAAGGUAUGAAUUAGAAUGGGUAUCUUCACAAUACAAGAGAUUAAA